GCCAGUGUACUAUGCGAUUUAGCUGCAAAAAAAUGCAUGCUUGAAGCAGCUAGUUGUUUAUUGUACAUGUUAAGAGACAAUUGAACUUGCAAAUCUGAUUGUUUGAAAAUAAUGGACCAACAUGAAGAUCUGGACAUCAGUUCUCCCAUGCCUAUUCUCCGAAGACUGGAUCGUCUCGAUCGUUUGCUGCAAUUCUUGGAACACAAGCAUUGCUUGUCAGCAAGCCAUUCUUCUAGCUCUGCCUGCAAAACCAUGGAACCAGUACCAGAAGAAGAUCAGUGUAAGACUCUGUCAUCUGCUAUUGAAGAAGCACAUCAAAAAGGCACAUUGAUGGAAAGAGUAGCUGUGCUCGAAAACCGGGUAUUACAGUUAAGCCAUGAGAUGGAUGUAGAAAAUGCAUCAAGGUCUAGCUGUUCCACCAUUCUAGUAUCUGAGGACAAGCAAGACCCUUUCAUAACUCAAGAGUGUUCUUCAGAAGCAUGUGUAAGAAAGCCACAAGGAUCCAAGAAAGGCAGAAAAAGAAGAAACAAUCUUGUCUCCAUCAUUCAGUUGAGAGAAUGGUUUAGGUGGGCUCGAAUGGGAUGUUAAUUAAUCAUCAUCAAGCAUAAAAUUGCCGCAUUAAUUACAUCCUCAAGACUCAAAACAACAACAAGAAGAUUUCAGAGUUUGGGCCAUGUAUAUUUCUUUUACCCAAUUCAGCCCACUAAUGGUUUUUGCCAAUGAGCCCAUACUACUCUGUACUUGUAAUAAGCCCUAAUUACAAAAGAGGCUUUUGGUUAGAGGCAAAUUCCAGCCCCUUUUGUUGUGGAUUUGAAAAGGGCUUUUGGACA